UUGCUACUCCGAUUUCAUAAUUUAUUUCCAUUGAAACAGUAUAGUUGUAUUAUAUCAAAAACAUUCAUACUGAUCAGGGCGUUUUUAAAAUUUCUGAGAACUGCAAAUAUUGAAUGGUACAUGAGUAUCAAAGUUUUUCAAUAGUAUUCAGGAAGACCACGAUCGAAGAUUUCAUUCGAUUAAGGAAGGAUCUAUACAAACGAAUAAUGUGAUAAAAAAUAUGUAAGAAUAAUUCCUGUUUAAAAAAAUGCAUUAUUUUAAUUAGAAAUGUCGAAACCAGCACAUUUUCUACUCACAAUUGAGAUAGGAUGUCAGCAAAAGGUGGACGUAGAGGGCAUGGUUAAAGUAGUUAAUGGCUUGCUUGGAAAUAAAGCUAUGUUCAAGUUCAGGGUUGUUGGUGAACCAAAGAUAUUGGCAUUCUUUGAGGUUAUAAACCCAGUGGAAGUGAGUACCAUGUGUUCUAGUAUUAUGGAAAAAGGUAAUUUCCAAGUUACAUGUACUUCUUUGUUGGCAUAUGAGGAAUGGGCACAAAUAAUCGGAGUUGACAGCAAACUGACUGGACCUCCACCAAGAAAACUCACGAAAGCGGUGGUGUACAAGUUUGAUGUUAACAUUGAAUGCAACGGUAUGACAACAGAUGAAUUUUUAAAUACCUGGAAGGAAGAGGCAACAACUGCUUUAACUGUCAGAGGUACUGGUCUAGAAUUAGAACUGUUUAAAGUAUUUGGACAAAGAAAGGCUAUUGGUUUAAUUUGCCAAGAUAGUCCAGGUGACUUUGAAAAAUUGAUGCAGAAUCUUCCAUUCGUAAAGAAAAUUUUCGACCGUUGCCACUUCGAACUAACAACACUUACAAAACUAUGAAAACAUAGAAAUUUAUAUUAAUCACACAUUUACUCAUUUACAAAUGUGUAUUAUAAGAAAAUAUUAGAUGUAAUAUGAAUAAAAUGAUAUAUUUAGUUUA